GUUGAUUGAUCAACCAAAAUUAUAACAUCAUGGCAUCUCUCUCACUUGAUCAGUUACUAAACAACAGAAAGGCUUCGCCAUUUACUCUUAUAAAUGACACUGUUAAUAUGAGUGCUCUUCCCCUCUUGGUGGAAUUCAGCUCUCGAGCCCUCGAAUCACAGCAGUCUCUAAUUGUCGUCUUGACCGAGACAUCGCCACGUCAAUGGCUAGAGUGGAUCAACCCAACCUCAGCCAUUCAUAUUAUCGAUUGUUAUACAGAUCCCAUGGGCUGGGAUCAGCCUAUUGCACCCUACAAAAUAAAGGGAGCUACGGUCGUACCCAUACGCCUUGACGAUAUCGAACGCUCUAUUCUGGCACCCGUUCUACAACAAACAAAACAAUCCGAGGCUUGCCUGAUAGUUGUGGACUCUGUCAAUACACUUGCCAUGAUCUCACAGCACAAAACAUACCAGCUUAUUAGAGGGCUUGAGUCCCUUACCACAGAUGCCAUCAGAUUGGUGGUCGGAUAUCAUCGAGACAUCAGAUUACCUGCAACGCACGGUCCUGGGUUGGGUGAUUCUUUAGAUCGUCUUGCUUCUUCACUUGUCCGACUAGAGCCUCUCAAGGAAAGAACACAGUUUGAAAACCAGGCGCGUUUGACUGGAUUUAUGCCAGCAGAUUCAUUUUCUUAUAUGAGCUUGAUGGCCAAUUGGGUGAGCCGUGGUGGACUAGCCCACAUAGAAUGGAGACGAAAGAGUGGCAAGAUCUCGUACGAGACCAAUGGAUUUUGCUAUAACCAACGUCUUGAGAUUGUGCCUGCUCUUCAGCUGACAGGUGAAAUCCAAGUAAAAGAAAUUGUUGAAGUCAAAGCAGAUCCUAUGGCCAGUCUGUCAUUCAAUCUCUCGCUUACCGAUGAGCAGCGCAAGACUAAAGAAAACCUUGUACUUCCAUACAUGAAAGCCCAAAAUGAAGUCCAGGUAGAUGGACAAGCAAGUGGGACAAUCUAUUAUGAACCAGACGCGGCUGACGACUUUGAUGAUGAGGAUCCUGAUGAUGAUCUGGAUAUUUAAGAUACUAUAUAUAUACAUAUACUAUGGAUGCUGUAAAUAUAACUCUGAAAAUAGUCUUUAAAAAAAACAAAAAGUUACUCUUUCUUAGGUUGGGUAGUAAUUAAUUGAAUUUGAUAUUGGGCGCCAUAGUACAAGUGAUUUCUUGGCACACACUUGUAGUUUAAAGAAGGCAAAAAAAGGGGAAUAGUGGGGUUGGAAUUCAAUAAACUAAAAUGAGAUCCAAAGUGCGCUAAU